GUACUGUACUUCGGACCGCCAUAAAGUAUCUUCCAAUUAUCACGCGAUCAGGAGAUCUUGUAGAGAACGUGGAUCGCUUUUUGAAGAUACCGAAUUUCCUGCUGGACCGAAGGCUCUCUAUCAUCAUAAGAAGCCGCCUUUGCAUCCGAUAAUUUGGAUGAGACCUCAUGAAAUGUGUCAAAGGCCUCGUUUCAUGGGAGAACCAGCAGAAGAAAUAAAUAAAACAUUCACUGUGGAAUCUGGUGAAUUAGGAGAUCAAUGGUUGUUAGCAGCAGUAGCUUCGCUAGCAUUAACUCCCAAAUUUCUUGAUAGGGUAGUACCACCAGAACAGGGAUUUGACACAGUUCAUUCAUAUUGUGGAGCAUUCAGGUUCCGUUUCUGGCAUUUUGGUGAAUGGAAGGACGUCAUUGUAGACGAUAAGCUCCCAACAUACAAGGGAAGAUUGGUUCAUCUUCAUUCUUCAAAUAACACCGAAUAUUGGAUUGCUCUGCUGGAGAAAGCUUACGCAAAAUUUUAUGGCUGUUAUGAACAGCUUUCAUUUGGAUCUACAACGAGAGCCUUACAGGAUCUUACAGGUGGUAUUGUACAGAGUUUUGGACUCACUCAUCAAGACCGAUUUCUUACCUUCCAAGUAUUGAAUAGUGCUGUUCCCAGAUCUAGUCUUCUGAUCGCAACCAUAACACAGGAGAAAGAUAACAAAAGACACCUCCGAUUACGCAAUGGCCUAAUCACCCAACACGCCUACAGCGUAACAGGUUUGGCAAGAGUGAGGGGUGUUUCUGGAGAGGUUCCACUGGUUAGGCUACGAAAUCCAUGGGCAAGAGGAGAGUGGACCGGACCAUGGAGUGAAAGAUCAUGGGAAUGGGACGGUCUAUCUAACAGAGACAAAGAACUGCUAAGUGUGAGAGUGACGAAUGACGGUGAAUUCUGGAUGUCUUUUGAAGACUUUUCUCGGCACUUCACCCAGUUAGACUUAGUCCAUAUUGGACCAGACGAUUGGAUGAUGGAGGGAGCGUUACAUUCCAAACAACCCUGGAGGGCUGUCUUGGCAAGGAGAAGGUGGAGGUCAGGAUACAAUGCUGGUGGUGGUCCUACUUAUGUUGACACCACGUCAAUGAACCCCCAGUUCCACGUUCAAAUUCCAAGGACAACCACUAACAAAUGCCACGUGGUGGUAUCAAUAACUCAGUACUACGAAACCAAUGUGAUAGAUGUCAAAAAGAAGAGAGCUCUUUACGCUAUAGGAUUUGCAGUCUACGAAGUACCUCAUUCUAUGCAAAGACUCACUCCACAUUUUGUUACAGAGCAGGUAGGUUUUUAUGAGGAAGUCAACGAGGAUAAUAUGAUCAUUAGAAAUAUAGCUUCGGAGUUUGUAGAUGAUUCAUCCCCAGUAUCCAGUGACGGAAAAUCGGUCAUCACAAAACUGUUGGUGAAAUAUCCUCCUGAAGUCGAUGCUAGUCAAUUACAGAAAAUACUCAAAGCCCAUUGGAAAGCGUAUCUGUCAGAGAAACCUAGUUUAGAAUUGUGCAAGAGUCUCAUCAUGUUGAGGGAUUUCAACAUAAGUGGAAGAAUCAAUUUGAUGGACAUUCCCAUUUUGAUGCACAUGCUACAGUAUUGGAGACUGGCGUUUCAAAAAUUUGAAAGAAGUCAUAAUUGUGGAAAAACCUCCAGCUACCACCUGAGGGCCUUGCUUUGGGAGGCUGGUUGUACGGUUAGUAACAAAGUUUUGGAAUGUUUGGUACUACGUUUUGCGAAAAAUAGAAUACUUACUACAGAAAAUUACAUUAUGGCUCUGGUGAGAUUACAUCUAUCUCAUGAACGAUACCACAAUUUGGAUACCAAGAUGAAAGGCAAUCCUAUUUCUCUAGAGGAAGUGAGUUUUUUACAAAAUUUUUAAAAUCGAAAAAUAACAAUUUUUAGCGG